UUUGAAACAUCCCGGAACUGUCAAACCUUUCACUUAGUUAAUGGAGUAGCCGAUCAGCUGUCGGAUUACUACUAGUCUUACAGUAACAUAAAUUAUCACAGCAAGAUAUAAAAUGUCCUCUAACAACAUGGCAGACCCAAGAAGACAAAAUAAGAUCUUGCGGUACAAGCCGCCCAGCACAGAGACCAACCCCACACUGGAGGACCCCACCCCCGACUACAUGAACCUGCUCGGCAUGAUCUUCAGCAUGUGUGGACUGAUGCUCAAGCUGAAGUGGUGUGCGUGGAUCGCAGUCUACUGCUCUUUCAUCAGCUUCGCCAACUCCAGAAGCUCAGAGGACACCAAACAGAUGAUGAGCAGCUUCAUGCUGUCCAUCUCGGCAGUUGUGAUGUCCUACCUCCAGAACCCUCAGCCGAUGUCGCCGCCAUGGUAACCAAGGACCAAUCACAGCAGAGCUUGGAAAUAUAUAUCGCGGAUGCAGGAGUGGGAGACAAGACAGCUGAUUGGCCCCGUUGGCCAUCAAGAGAUGGACAGGAAGAUAAAAUGAAAGAAAGAGAUGAAGAGAGAGAAAACAAAUGAACAUGACAAGUGGUCAGUAGCAAGGACACCAGACCGAAAUGGAGAAAUUUCGCUGCGUUCUUUUUUUCUUUUUUUUUCUUUUUUUUUCUCCUCAGCAUUUUCUAAGUCUUUGUUUUUGGAUGAAAACAUGAAAACAUCACUGUUUGGUCUACCUGCUGCAGGUUGUUGAAAAUAAAGUUGUACGGUUUUAAAAAUG